AUGGAUAAAUAUAAGGGAGAUUUCAGCUUUGAUUCUUUUCAACGCUGGAAUUUUUUAAUUUUUUUUUUUGCCUGUAUUUGUAUUAAAUACUUUUCUACCCAUUUUUUUUAGCUUACAUUGAGUCCCUGCCACUUGCCAACAAGCCGGAUGUUUUUGGUUUGAACCCCAAUGCAGAGAUUGGCUACUACACACAGGCAGCUAAAGAUAUGUGGGAGCAUCUGGUGGAGCUACAGCCGCAGACAGGUCAGAGGGUUGGUGGAGGGGAUGGGGAAAUGGAAUGGGUCGGUUGGUGUGUUGGCUUAAUUCAUUGAGUGGAAGUACAGCAACAAACAGGCCGGUGGAUUGGUGGAGAGGAUGGUGAAUUUUUUGGGUGGAUUAGUGUAUUGGAUUACUAUAUACGGUAGACAGAUGAAUACGAUAAGAGCUACAGCUCUUGAUAAAUUAAAAAUUUGUGGGUUUUUUUUUCUUGUUUAUCCAGGUGCCUCUGCUGCAGGGGUUAGCCGAGAAGACUUCAUUUCACAAAUAGCCUCGGACGUCCUUGACAGGCUGCCUGUUGAAUUUGACCUUCCGAAGAUUCGCCGCAGCCUCAACCUUGACAUUUCCCCCACAACAGUGGUUUUAUUACAGGUCUGUUGUCUAAUCAAGUAUGUGACUAAACUUGCCCCAUCUGCAUGCUGUACGGAAUAACUUGUGCAUCUUAAUUUGUGAUACUUUUACCAACUUUCUGCUGAUACCUAUGAUACCUCAUAGUUUCACAUUAUCCUGAUCUUAUGACCCAGGUCAAACAAAUAAAUAUUUAUGUAUGCUUUAUAUUUUAAGUUAUGUUAACUUUUCGGGGGGUUUUUUGGGUUCAGAUUUCAAUGAACCGGUUGAAAUCCAUAAUUAAAAAGAGCUCCUGAUAGUGUACUCCUUAUGACUUACAUCUGCAGGAAUUGGAGAGAUUUAAUAGCCUGACAACGAGAAUGAGACGGUCUCUAGUGACACUGAAAAGAGUAAGUAGCAAGCCCGUUCUGUCAUUGGGGAGGAUGACAUUCUUUAAGGUUUGUUACACCCCUAACUUUUAAGUUGACAAUACAACUUUAAAUUUUACUUGAUUUACCGGCUGCUUUGGUUUUUGUAUGUUUAAAAAUUAGCAGACAUAAAUCAGUACAAAGUGAUGGGUAAUCAAGUGGAUUUUUCUGUGGUGAAGAAUAAUAGCUUACCCUGGCUUUUGUGUCAUGUUGUUAUAAUGAUGUAACCAAAGCUAAAAAAAAAGUUGAAUAUUACUAUAACCAGAUAUAACAGUAGGUAAGACAGACCUGUUUACUCUUAUGAUUUUGGCGUACAAUGUAUGAUUUUUGAGGUGUAUACAUUAUAUAUACUGUAUGAUUAUUUUUUAAAUAUAAGGUAUUGAACGAUUGUGUGAUGAUAUUGUAUGAUUUUAAGAGUUUGAGGGUAAACAGGUCUGGUAAGAUGUAUUUGUAUUCACAUCUGACAUGUAUCCCAGGCCCUGGCAGGGGAAGUUGGCAUGAGCACGGAACUCGAUGAUGUCGCUCGUUCUUUAUUCAAUGGCAAUAUUCCUGCCAUCUGGAGGCGCCUUGCCCCGAUCACUUUGAAAUCACUAGGAAAUUGGAUAAUUCACUACCACAAACGACUCAGACAGUAUUACCACUGGGUAAGUAAAAAAAAAAAUGAUAUCCAGAGUUUUGGGAAGCCUUCACAGCUCUAUUCAAGGAGGCAAAGGCAAGGGGGUCACUCUUCAUAACUCCAUUCAAGAAGGCAAAGGGGGUCACUCUUCACAACUCCAUUCAAGAAGGCAAAGGGGGUCACUCUUCAUAACUCGAUUCAAGGAGGCAAAGGAGGGUAACUCUUCACAACUCCAUUCAAGGAGGCAAAAGGAAAAAAAAAAAGGGGGGGGGGGGGGGGGGGGUGUCACUCUUCAUAACUCAAUUCAAGGAGGCUGUUGGGGAUCACUCUAAUGUAAAUAUGAAGCUUUGUUGUCCAAAUACAAUGUUAAUGUCAAACCUUGUCACGUAUGCCACAGAAGAGAUCGUGUCUGUCUCUGUAUCAGGGCAGUGAUUGUGUCUUAUCGGUGUAUCAUGUCAUCAAUUGUGUCUGUGUUUCAGGUCAACGAUUGUGAACCGGCUGUCAUGUGGUUGUCAGGGCUACACAUCCCAGAAUCCUACCUCACGGCUUUGGUGCAGGCCACCUGCCGGAAGAAUGGCUGGCCACUGGACAAAUCCACAUUGUAUACAACUGUCACCAAAUAUACUGACCCGGAGGAUGUCACAGACAGGGCCAUCAGUGGUCAGUACAGUCAUAUCAUUGGAAUAAACGUGUUCAUCUUUGGCUUAGUUUUCUUUCAUUUCUUCCCUCUGCCAGUUUGCUUGUUAAUAUAGUGGAUUAGUUGUGUAAAAAAAAAAGUGGUUGUAGUAGGAGCGAAAAAUCCUUUUGGUAGAUUAUAGAACUUAUUUAAAUUCUCUUAUCAUUCACAUUCAUUUUUAAUGGGUUUUGGUCUGGACAUUUUGUUUUUCCAGCACUUAGAAUUUUUUUUUUUUUUAAAUCUACCAGUCAACUUAAAACAUCUUAAGGAACUAUGAAUAUAUUGAUCUACUAGAAAAAAUUAACCCGCCGAAAUAUGGUGGCUGUAAUGCGUGAGCCUCUGUUCUACUGUAAUUACUGUACUACUGUAAUUACUGUACUAAAACAUGCAUUCAUGUAACACACUUUAUAAGAAUCACAAUUAGUGCCUACUUCUGUGAAUAUGAUUAAUACUAAAUUUAUUUCUCAUUAAGAACUUAUAUAUUUACAUUAUAGACCUAAACAUUUUUAUUUCGCCAGAAUUAAAUGGAUCCGAUAUCCGUAAAUAAGCAAAUCUCACUGUCAGUGUUUUUUGAGAAUUCCAUUUAGAAAUAGGAAUCUUAUCUUGUGCCUGCGAUUAAACACACAGGCUGUUUAUUGCACUUCUGGGGAAUUGUAUUUUUUGUGAACAGAGCAAACAUGCAUAAAUACAUAUAUACAUACCUACAUACCUAGAGAAUAAUUAUUUUUUAUUGUAAAAAUAUCUCUUAAAGCUAUUACAUACAAUAAACUCUGUGAAAAUACCCCAGGAAAUAAAAAAAUACAGGGUAGGGUAAAAAUAAGGAGAAAAAAAAGGUGGGUUGGGGAGGGGGGUUCAAAGACAAAAAGAAAGAAACAAGUGUCUGUAAAAAAGCCUUGUCCAUUUAACAAAAACAAAUCAUAAAUAAAAUUAAAAAAUCUCCCCUUGUCAUUCUGAAAUUAGAUCAACUAAUGAAUUAGUUUUAUUUGUUCACUCUGAGCCAGGUUGUUAUGUCCAUGGGUUGUACCUGGAGGGUGCAGCCUGGGAAGUAGAGAAGAAGACGAUCAUGAGGCAACCCCCAAAACAACUGAUCCAGGA